AUGGCGACAGUAAAAGACUCGAUACCUCACAUCGUACGGACAUCAGCGGAUCAGAGGCAGCGAGAUAUGUUUCGAGCAACAAUUGGGAGAAUAGAGCAAGUCAAUUCCAAGAUUCGCCUUUUACGGCUAUAUCUUGACAAUGAUCAGUCACCUCUAAGACAUCUUCCUGGUCAAUAUGUAGAUCUUCAUGUACCAGAAGUCGAACGAGUCGGAGGCUUUACGAUAACUUCACCGCCACAAACAGCGAUCAAAUUGCCUGCUCCGACACCAUCGACUACGACGCCUCCAUCAGCUGCGACCUUUGACGAUCCCUACAUAGAAUUAGCAAUACAGAAAGCCCUUGAUAAUCCUCCAGCAGCAUAUCUCUGGCAGCAACCGGAUCAGAUAAUGAAUGCACCGGUCAGAUUUCGUAUCGGAGGAAACUUCACUUUCCCUCCAAUGACACUUUCAAUGCCUGAGUUUCAACAGAUUAACAACGUUGUCCUAAUAGCCGGAGGUGUUGGUAUCAACCCAAUCAUGAGCAUGGUCACAGCCAUGGACAUGUUAGGAUCCAAACGAAUGGGAGGUCUUCCGAGCAGACUGAGAAUUUUAUACACGUCCAGAAGAGGCCUUGAUGGCAAGGGUAAACUGGAAGAAAUACUCUUCGAAGAGAGGCUAAAGGCGAUUGCGGCAAAGCGCGCUUCGAAACAGGACAACGUGGAUUUUGGAUACACAUUCUUCGAGACUUUCAAAGACGAUGUCCCAGCGAAUAUUGAGCAGGACACUACUAGUAUGCCACUAAACAUGAAAACUUGCAGAAGGAGGAUAAAACCCGAAGAUCUAGCUGAGGCAGUCGGUUCGGAAAAACAGAGACAAACUACACUUGUGUAUGUGUGUGGACUUCCAGACAUGACCGAUGACUUUGUGCAACUACUCAAGGCUAUGCCUGGUUUAGAUGAGAAGAGAGUAUUGUGUGAGAAGUGGUGGUAG